UGAGAUGACAAAACGACGCCGUAAUCCAUCUUGAUUGCUCAUAACACAACACUAUACACAGUGUUGCUUCUGAGUCUAAGUUAGAAGAGAAUCAACAUCAACAACAAUGGAGGCGCCGUCAUUUGCUUAUUCGGCUUCCUCUUCUUCUCUCCUUUCUCUUCGAAAAACGCCACCCUCAUCCCUGAGAUUAUCCCGUUUCAGCAAUACCAAACAUAGAAACUUCUCAGUUCGUGCCUCCUCGUCUGGGGAUUCUGUUGUGACUUUGCUUGAUUACGGUGCUGGCAAUGUUCGGAGUGUCAGGAAUGCAAUCAGAUUCCUCGGGUUUGAAAUCAAAGAUGUGCAAACCCCGCAAGAUAUUUUGAAUGCAAGUCGGUUAGUUUUUCCAGGGGUUGGAGCAUUUGCUGCAGCCAUGGAGGUGUUAAGCAAAACUGGAAUGGAUGAAGCAUUAUGUUCAUAUAUUGAAAAGGAUCGUCCAUUUUUGGGGAUUUGUCUAGGACUUCAACUACUUUUUGAAUCUAGUGAGGAGAAUGGACCAGUAAAAGGUCUUGGCUUGAUACCUGGAACUGUUGGGCGAUUUGACUCAUCAAAUGGUUUUAGAGUACCACAUAUUGGCUGGAAUGCUUUACAAAUCACGAAGGACUCAGGAAUUUUGGAUGACGUUGGAAAUCACCAUGUCUAUUUUGUGCACUCUUACCGUGCCAUGCCUUCAGAUGAUAACAAUGAGUGGAUAUCCUCCACAUGUGACUACGGUGACAAAUUUAUAGCAUCUAUUAGAAGAGGAAAUGUGCAUGCAGUUCAAUUCCACCCAGAGAAGAGUGGAGAUGUUGGUCUCUCUAUUUUGAGAAGAUUCUUGAAUCCGAAGUCAAACAUGACAAAGAAGCCUGGGGAAGGCAAAGCUUCAAAACUUGCAAAAAGGGUGAUUGCUUGUCUUGAUGUGAGAGCAAACGAUAAGGGGGACCUUGUUGUAACCAAAGGAGACCAGUAUGAUGUAAGAGAACAUACAAAUGAGAACGAGGUAAGGAAUCUUGGCAAGCCAGUUGAUCUUGCUGGACAGUACUAUAAAGAUGGAGCUGAUGAGGUCAGCUUUCUAAACAUUACUGGAUUUCGGGACUUCCCUCUUGGUGAUUUACCUAUGCUACAGGUAUUACGAUACACAUCAGAAAAUGUUUUUGUACCGUUAACUGUUGGUGGAGGAAUUAGAGAUUUCACAGAUUCAACUGGAAGGUACUAUUCUAGUUUGGAAGUUGCUUCAGAAUACUUUAGGUCUGGGGCUGAUAAGAUUUCCAUUGGAAGUGAUGCAGUUUAUGCUGCAGAAGAAUAUUUAAGAACCGGAGUAAAGACUGGGAAGACAAGCUUGGAGCAGAUAUCAAGAGUUUAUGGGAAUCAGGCAGUGGUUGUUAGUAUUGAUCCCCGUAGAGUGUAUGUAAAGGAUCCUAAUGAUGUUCAAUUGAAGACAGUAAGGGUUUCAAAUCCAGGUCCAAAUGGAGAAGAGUAUGCAUGGUAUCAAUGUACAGUUAACGGAGGGCGAGAAGGCCGGCCAAUUGGUGCCUAUGAACUAGCAAAAGCAGUUGAAGAACUUGGUGCUGGAGAAAUACUACUUAAUUGCAUCGAUUGUGAUGGUCAAGGGAAAGGAUUUGAUGUAGAUUUAAUUAAGUUGAUAUCAGACUCUGUAAGUAUCCCUGUGAUUGCAAGUAGUGGUGCUGGCGCUCCUGCACACUUUUCUGAGGUGUUCAAUAAAACAAAUGCAUCAGCAGCACUUGCUGCUGGCAUUUUUCACAGAAAGGAGGUGCCUAUUCAGUCUGUAAAAGAGCAUUUGUUGAAGGCAGGCAUUGAAGUUCGACUCUGAUCAUUUGCAUUUAGGGGUAAUUUUUUUUAGAUGCACUUCUUAAUAAACAAACUUUGUAUGUUAUCCCUUUUUGUGUAAUCUAAACUCUCAAAAUGUCAAUGUUUUGGAUUAUCAAAAGAAUUUCAGUGAGAUCUUUGUAAUAUUUUAAGAGAAAAGAUUUACCAUGUGCAGCACUUUUUACAA